AUGGGUUCGAAUAUACAAUCUCGUGGAAAUGAUGAGGAAUUGAUAGUUCCUAUCGAUGAAGAAUUAAGUAAACGCAUAAUUGAUCAUGUUAAAAACAGCAUCGGUGAAUUUUCAAGAUUAAAAGAAAUGUGUAAAUCUUCUUCAUUGCCUCUUAUGCAUACCAAAUUAAGUAAUAUGGUUAGCCAAGAAAGACAAGCAUCCUCAGCACAGAAUAUAAAACGAGAUAUUGAAGAGGAUGGUAAUACUCCGAUUGAUAAAAAAAGUUCAAAGAAAGUUAAACUAAAGAACGAGGGAAGUGCAGUAAAUUCAACUAAAAUUCAUAAAAAAGAAUGGAAGAACUAUGAAUGUUCAAUGAAUGAUACAAAAUUAUAUCAAAAAUUUGCAACAAACUGUGAAGAAAUGAAGAAAUUUGGUUUCAGAAAUUUUACCGUUAAAUUAAAUGCGUUUGAUAUGAAUGCUGUUAAAAGUUCUUCUUUUGGUCAGAAAAAAAAUUCGAAAAAAAAACGGAACUCGAAAAAAAUUGUGAAAACAAAUCGUUCUUCCGCUGAAUUUAAAGUGAAAAAAACUACUUCAUCAUUAUCGGACAAUGAUAAAGAAGAUUUAUCGAGGGUCAAUAAGAAUAAUCAAAAGAAAAGAGUAGAUAAACAAGAAUGCUUACCUUUGGUUUAUAACUGUACGGUUUGUCGAAAGGUGCUACAAGAUUGUACAACUUCAUGGUUGAAUGAAUUAGGACCUCGGUCAGUUUAUUGCUCUGUGCGCUGCAUUGAAAAAGUGGUUUCCAGAGCAUUUAAGGUUUCUUCCGAUUCAUCAACUCCUGUAAUGGUAAUUGAUAGUUCUGGUACAUUGCUAACUGGACCAGCUCAACCUAAUCUCUCCAAUCUUUUCGAUUUUUUAAAAGCCUUUCCAGAAUAUACUGCGAUUUUGCCUAAUCAGCCAAGUCGAUCGGUUUCGCAGAAGUCCAAUAAACAUGGAAUAGCAAAAAUUAGCGCAGAUCGUGUUAUAUCAAGAGAAACAGAUAAAGUACGAUUACAAGUGAAAAACGCGAUUCGUGACCAACUUUUAUCGAGGUUCAAUUUUUGUGCUCAACCUUUUUUCAUCCUACAAAUGGGUUUUUUCCUACGCAUAAUUUUGAAUGACUUGUCGCCUCAGGCACUAGUAGCGUUGAAACCUAGCGAAUUUGAAUUAUUAUCUUUAAAUAGUGAAAUAACAAUUCCUCAUAAAUAUUUGAAAAUAUGUUCCCCUAUUGCUAGUGGUUUGUCACAAUCUACACAAAGUUCUGUACCGUCUGUCGAUUCAAAAAAGUUGGUGGAAGAUAAUUCAGUCGAGUUUUCGAGUCAUAAAAUCAUAUCAAAUGAAGAAGAGCCAUCGAUCGCUGAUGAUAAAUCUAAAGAGCAGCCGAGACAGAAGACACCAAUGGGAUAUUUGCGGGUAAAUAGCGUGGUGGAUGGUUUACUUCAUUUCGAUACAACUUCUGGCCACCAUUCCCAUAUUUUUGAUUUGAACUGUCGAAUAUGUAUGAAAAAAAACAAAUGUGAGCAGAAAACCAUGCGAACCCCGUCUUCUGAAAAAUUAGAGCAAGAAAUUGAGAAAAAAGAGAUGGCUGAAACAGCUACUAAACAAUAUAGCGAAAAACUAAUUAAUGAGUUUAACGAUAUUGAUGAUUUUGGCGAUAAUUUUGAACUUGAUGAUGCUGUAGAAUUAACAGGUAUCCUCAUAAUUAAUGACCUAAAUGUGAAUCUAAGCGAUGAAGUUUCCUCCACUUUUGGUGAAUCAUGGAGAAACUAUUCGAAUUAUACCGAAGACUUGAAAAGGGAUGAAUCAUGGAGAAAUUUAUCAAAUCAUAAUCAAGAAUCGAGUAAUGGCAUGUUGAAUAUGGAUUUACUAUCUGAUAAAAUUUUAUCUGAAUCAAAUGUAACUGUUGUUGAUGAAUCUUGGAGAAACUACAGUGUAAAUGAUCAAACUACAGAUAGUGAAGAUGCGCUUGUGAUAGAAGAAGAAGAAUCUGAAAAAAAUCCGACUUGUUCUGCACUGACUGAAGUUGAAAAUGCUAUUGAAAAUGCUGUUGUUUGGACGGGUCAUUUAUUCAUGAAAAAUUAUUUUUAUUUUCCUGCAUCUCUUACUUUUAUAAGCGGUAAUGUUAUAUUGGAAUUAGCUCAAGAACUUCCUAGUGUUAUUCAUAUAAAUGGUAGAAUUUCUCCACAGAUUGUUUGGCGUUAUUUACGCAAAAUUAAGGGCAAGAAUGAGAAAGAAGUAAUUAUCUUGAGGCUGCAUGAAAGGGAUAUUAAAGAGAGUCAAGAACAAUUAUCGAAGUGUUUUGAUGAUAUUAAAAGAAAGGGACGGUAUAGUGUUCUUCAACUCGAUGAAAAAAAUGCCAUCACUGAUGGAUAUUUGUUUGCUUUAUCAUGCAACGAAGAUCCACCUGACGAUAUUCUUCCUUUUAUUGAUUCGCAGUUGACUAUCAAUCAUACUGAUAUGGUUAUUUGUGUAAUCAUCCGAUACAAAAAUACGAUUUUUAAUACAAAAAUGGUUAAUUCAAUUGCUAAGAAUGAUAUAUCGAAAAAUGAUGGUAGCCAGAAUGAGAGAAUGAAACUUCGGAGUUCGCCCAGAAUAGUAGAAGUGCAAAGUACAAACGAAAAUUUGAGUGCAGAAUACAUAAAAUCUAAAGAUGUUUACAAAAAAUCCUCGAAACAAUAUAAUGAAAAAUACGUUUCAAAUUUAUCCGAUUUAUUGACAGCGGUUGCUACACUCUCUAAUCCUUCUGAUAUUGCUGAUCUUAUCUCUUAUUUUACGCAGAGCCAUGAGCUAGAACCUCAAGAACGCGAUCUUAUUAAAGAAUAUGUUGCAAAAAGGAUUUUGGCGGAGCAUAGAAGAGCAGAAACAAUUAUCGAUCAGAAUAAAACUUGUGUUUUCGAUUCUGGAAAACUAGACGAUGAAUCUAACCGUCCUAUUUCUUAUCAAUUUUCUAAAAUGGAUCAUGCCAAUGAACGAAUGAAUGGCGCUCCUAGUAGUAGUAGUAGUGGUUUUGAUGAAAAUUUCUUACAGGACAGUAUUGUGAAGAAACUAGUAGAUCAUAAGAAAAACUCAAAUUUUUCUAUAUACUCGGAAGUAUUAAGUUGUCCAAGUUUUCCACCAGUUGUAUCUGAACUACCUUCGUCACCAGCUUGUCUUUCUUUGUCAAAUGGUCAGUUCAAAUGUGAUGUUUCUUCACCACCUCCGGCACCCCCAUUGCUUCCACUUAGCUCCAGUUCUUUACAAUUGAAUGAAUCCAUCUCAUCAUUAAAUACUGUUGAUGCAAAUCAGAAUGCUAGCGAAGCGAAUAUAUGUAUCAGAACGGGUGAAGAUUUAGCUGUGACUGAUAUGGAUAUAUCCGAUGAUGACGAAACUUUAUCAGUGGAAAAUAGCACAGAUAAUGCACUUCCAUUGUUCCUACCACCUCCACCACCACCGCCAGUUGCAUUAUUCCCACCUUUAUUUCCACCGUCAAAAGAGUCUUCAAGUUUCCCAUCAACGUCGCCGGAAAUUUUUUCACAUUCUAUUGCGAAAAGUUCUUUUUCGCAUAUUUCAACUCAGAGACCUCGUUUUCCAUCACAGCAACCUUCCUCAACGGGCUCUUUCACUCAGUUCAGAGCACCUUAUCCAUUCCAAUUGCCUAACCAACUGCAGUCGGUGCCAAGUCGACCAUCUCAUUGUUUUACGUUCAAUUAUCGACCACAUGUACCCUAA